AUGUGGAGCAUUUUCAAAUUUCAACGACUUGUGGAUGGGCAUAACGUCCUCUCUCUAUCUGAUACCUCAUACCUCAUCAGACCAAUCGCCACCAGUAUAUCCGCAGUCGCACCACCACCCACCAAAACAAUACCCAAGCGUCUCGUCCUUAAAUCCCGCCGUACAAAGCGAAAAUCCCUAUCCGGCGAUAAUGACGAUGGUGAGGAAAACGGAGAUUUGUUUUUCAUUGAUGGGGAUGGUGAUUCUUUUUGGGGUGGUGGGAGUGGUGAAGGGGGCAAAAGAUGGAAUUUUGAUGGGUUUGGAGGGGCAAAUUGGGGAGAAUCAUUAAAUAAUUCAUUUUAUGAUCCAGCUUUUAUGAGGUGUUGA